GUUUGGGCUGGGCAGGCUCUGGCUCUCCAUCGUUGCAACGGUUCCUCCUCCCAACUCACGCCGAACAACUACACACACAGAGUGCGAAACAUACCGCGUGAGGAGCCCGCAAGGAACAUAUACACACACACACAUAUCCGGCUCUUUUUCUUCUUCCAACCUGAGAAUAAGAACACCAAUGAAUGACGGAAAUUUGUGAACUGGAAGAAUCUCCUCCUCUACAGCGCCUUGAGCAGCAGUCGGCCAUUUUUAUUCAGAGUUUUGUUCGUUUUUUCCAGUUGAUUUUCCCUCGUGUGUCGAGUGAGUGUCGGGUGUCAAUGGGUUAACCGAUAGGCCUCCCAUUUUGAUAGUCUUUUUUUUUUGUGCUAGCUCCACAUUUUUGAGAGUUUAUUUCGGAAAAAGAGAAGAAGAAAUAUUCGUGUGGACAUUGUUGUGCUUCUGAGUGAGGGGGAGUAGUGUGUUUUGUUUUAAUAGAAGACGCGCUAAGGGUAUUUGAUUACUUCCAGCAGCAACAACACACACACACACAGAUGGAUUGGAACGGUUGCAGACAGCAGCAGCAACAGAAGAGGAUGUCGUCUGCUUCCAGCCGGAUUUUGACGAUGCUGUCAGUGGUGUUGCUCGUGUUGGCCACCGGAUUGGCAGCAGCCGCAACUUCAUCCGAAGAAGACGAUGGAUCGUCCACACCGCCCUUCACCGAUCAGUGGGCAGUUCACAUAAGCGGCGGCGACCAAGUAGCAGAUGCCAUCGCAGCCCGUCACGGAUUCACUAAUCUCGGAAAGAUAUUCGGAGAUUAUUAUCAUUUUCAGCACCGGAAAGUGGCCAAGAGGUCGAUAGAGCCGGGCACAGUCCACAGCGAAUUACUCAACAAUGACCCGGAGGUCCGAUGGGUAAAGCAGCAGGUGGUGAAGAAACGAGUCAAACGGGAUUUCAUCCAAGACACUUCUUCCGGCCGAUCACCGCGAUCGAGAAAUGAUCGCAGACCGUCGAGAAAGGCAGUUGCCAUCCGAUCGGAGGUUUACAACCUCAACGAUCCUCGCUGGACCCAAAUGUGGUACCUGAACCGAGGAAUGGGACUUGACAUGAACGUACGGGAAGCUUGGGCCGAAGGCGUGACCGGAAAGGGAACAGUGGUGACCAUCCUGGAUGAUGGACUGGAAAAGGAUCACCCAGACAUCCGCCGGAAUUAUGAUCCCUUGGCCAGCUAUGACGUCAACAAUCACGACGAGGAUCCCAUGCCCCGUUAUGACCUGAUCGACUCGAAUCGCCACGGCACGCGAUGCGCCGGAGAAGUGGCAGCUGAGGGCAACAACUCGAUCUGCGCUGUCGGUGUAGCUUUUGAUGCCGGAAUCGGAGGAGUGCGGAUGCUGGAUGGCGAUGUGACGGACGCCGUAGAAGCUCGUUCUCUCAGCCUCAACCCGCAUCACAUUGACAUUUACAGCGCGUCGUGGGGCCCCGAUGAUGAUGGAAAGACGGUAGACGGCCCAGGCGAGUUGGCCACGCGAGCCUUUAUCGAAGGAGUCACCAAGGGUCGCGGUGGUAAAGGAUCGAUCUUUGUCUGGGCGUCCGGCAACGGUGGACGGGAUCACGACAACUGCAAUUGCGACGGCUACACCAACUCGAUUUGGACGCUGAGCAUCAGCAGCGCCACGGAAAACGGUUACGUGCCCUGGUACUCUGAGGCCUGUUCCUCCACUUUGGCCACCACUUACAGCAGCGGAUCAUCCGGCGAGAAACAGAUCGUGACGACCGAUUUGCACCAUUCGUGCACGGCCAGCCACACGGGAACGUCGGCAUCGGCCCCGCUGGCGGCCGGCAUUUGCGCAUUAGCCUUGGAGGCUAACCGCAAUUUGACUUGGCGUGAUAUGCAGCACAUAGUCGUCCGAACGGCCAGACCGGCCAACCUCAAGGCGGAUGACUGGCAAGUCAAUGGAGUCGGCCGCAAUGUGAGUCAUUCGUUCGGUUACGGACUGAUGGAUGCGGCCGCUAUGGUCCGUCUGGCUCGCGGUUGGUUAACAGUUGCCCCCCAGCAAUUCUGCGAAGUCCGUGCCCCUGACACAAACAGAUUAAUUCCUGCUAAAAGUCAGAUCAAAAUCCAGCUGACUGUCAGAGAGUGCGCCGGAGUGAAUUUCAUGGAGCAUUUGCAGGCUCGAAUAAGUUUGGCGGCCGUUAGUCGAGGUGACAUCCAGAUCCACUUGUCGUCUCCAUCGGGAACUCGUUCGACUCUGUUGGCUUUACGUCCGCACGAUUCUUCGCGUAAUGGAUUCCAUUCUUGGCCGUUCAUGUCUGUCCACUAUUGGGGCGAAAGUCCCUUUGGUGUGUGGACGUUGGAGAUUCAGAACGAGGGCCGAUAUCUGGGUCGGGCGACGCUACAGGACUGGGUGCUAAGAAUAUACGGCACGAAAACGGAUCCUGUACGCACGGCGAGAUCUUCUCCGUCAUCUUCCAACUCGACCAACAACAUCAACAACCUGGCACUGCCGACAACGACGCAGUCAUCAAUCCGGCCGUCGUCUGGUCCAUUAAGCGCCUUGACUUCUUCUUCUUCCUCUUCCUCUUUGAUGACGACUGCCGCUGCAAUGACCGCCAAGACUCCGUCACUCACUGAAACACCAACUCUACUGGACGGUGGUCGUCAUGUCGACAAUGUCGGGCCUCGAUCCGGCCACGAUUCAGUCCCACGCUCCAAAACAGCUACGCUGGCCGAGUGGAAUGUGGCCGUCUACGGGACCAAGGACUCGCCAGAUUCUAGGGCCGCUAUUUCAAUUGCUCCGACUGCAGCUCCUCCUACCCUGCUGCCGACGGUUGCGGUGCAACCGCCUACGCCCAGAGUGUUGGAGAAGGAAGUGUCGACGAGACUCCAGCCACCGUCGACCUCGGCCGCCACCGUUUCCGCCGCUGGCGAUUGGCUGGACAAAUCGACAAUUCAUCAGAAUAAUUUGGAACAGAACAACGCCAGAGCUUCUUCCUUGCCGAAUGGUGGCCAUUCUCUCCUGGAACCCGUUACCGUCUUGAGCAGCAGCAGCGGUGGCGCUCGAGUUGGCUGCCGGCCUGGUCAUUGGGACUCUGCAUCCGCCGUUUGUCUAAUGUGCGAGGAUGGCGGUUUCCUGUUGCAAGGCCAGUGUGUAGCGACCUGUCCCGAAUCGACUCACGCAACCAACCGGACGGGAUUAACUGGGAUUUUGCCGUCCUGCGUACCUUGUCAUUAUUCUUGUCUCACGUGCGACGGACCGAGUGAUUCUGAAUGCGUUUCAUGCCACGCCGAUUCACAACUGAAAUCCGUCAUCUCGCCAGGAUUCAAGGGCAGAACGGAAAAGUAUUGCCACCCACGAGAAUUGGCCACUUUGCUGGCCAGCUACGAACGUUGGUCUCUUGGCGUUGAAUUAGCGCUGGCCUUUAACUUGGCCAUCGUCGUCGCUUUGGUGGUCUUCCUGCUUUGCACAAGAAAGCCGGGCUGCGGAUCUUCCUGCAUCCUCAACUGCUGCACCAAAGGAGGUGCUAAUCAAUCUGACAAGAAGAAGAAGAAGAAGAAGCAAGAAUAUCACCACCUGGUCUCCACAACGAGUCUCAACAAGUCCAGCAAUCUGGUGGUUGAUGUUUACACUGACGAACCUGAUGAUGACGAACCCGAGUCCCAACGGCGACCAAUCAUCAACGACAAAUGAUAGGGAACAGAUCUAUGGAGAUUAAAUUGUUUUCUUUAUUAGUUAUGAAUCUUAAAUUUGUUUCUUGUCCUUGUGUGUGUGUGGCUGUGUGUUUCAAGAGGAUAUGUGGUUUUGUGUCAAUAGAAAAAUGGUAAUUUUUUUCGUCAUCA